AAUGUUACAAUAACGAUCUGUUUCAUUCUCAAUCGUAAACUUGGCGAGGGUAAAAUUGAAUAGAAAACUUUCUCGACGACGCGUCGCAGCGGAUAAUGUCAGUCUCGUUAGUGACAUGUAAAAAGAUAACGUGUUUAGCGUUAACGAUAGAGCACUAGCGUAGCCAUAGUUUGCGGUUUUCUCAUUGUUUCGUUCAGGGGGAUUUGCAAACGCGUUACCACCGCGUAUUGACAGAAACGUCGAUAACUUGCAUCGAAACGAGUACGAAAGCCAACGGGACAAACUUUUACGGUCUGGCGUUAGCUAACAUUCAAUAAGUCGGCGGAAUAAAUAGACAUACGAGUCGAAAGGGCGACUGUGGUGCACAUAGAAGUAUAAAUAGUUUAUUCACCUUAUUCUGUAAGAUUUAUCGGAGGAAUAAGCUUAUCGUACGAAAUAGGCUCGUGCAGGCUGAUCCUAACGCGACAACGUGAAAGAUUGUUCUUUAGUAUGUAGGCUGUCACGCGAAUUUUAUAUAUUUUGCCCCGAGAGUCACAACAGAUCGAGAUAUGCUGCAGCAUAACGUUCUAUAGGAUAUUAUAGAUAUUAUGUUUGCGCGCUUUUUUCUUGACAAUGUUAUCCAUGUCAUUCACAUUGUUCAGAAUUUGUUAAUCUAUUUAGUUUCUUUUUAUCAUUCUGGAAAAUUUAGUAACGUACGUCACCUAUAACCGCCGUGGCAGUAGACAAGUUAAUAAAGAAUUACGCAUAUUAUAUCGAUCCGUGUAUAGUUACGUGCUUAUAGACAAACGAUCGAUUUUUCAGUGCUGCGUUAUCCUGCAUUUUGCUCUUCUGCCGCUGGAAUGUUAAUGGGCAACAAAUAUAACCGCGACGUGGUUGCACCUUGAAUCUUGCCAGACUUACUAAGUUUAUAUAGGUAAUCGGAUCAAGGUGCGCUAUGAAAGAAAAUUAAAAAUUAAACGACUCGAGCGUAUUCGACGUUGCGACUAUUUGGCAAGUUGCAUGACUUGGAUGUUAUUCUCGUAAUUACGCCACGGAAAUAACUUGUGUUCGAAGACCACGUCGAAGAUAUUCUAAAUAGCAUUGACGUUACAUGUCUGAAAUGUCGAACGCCACAUCGACCGGUCCGAUUGAUCUUUCUUCGAAUAUAAAAUACGUCCAUCGUUUUAUAAACGAGCUUGUUUAUUAUUUAACGAGCCGAGAUGUUUCUUUGAAUAACUCCCGCCUCUUUGCUUCUCUUCAUUCUACUUCUCCGAACAGUCUGUAGCACAAUGAUGCAAGAACGUUCAAAAUCGCUUUAUUAUGCGACCGCGACCUUGAGGAAUCUCGAGUUUGCGAGUCGUUGAACUCGUUUCGAAACCGGUUGCAAUUACGCCGGAUAAAAAAUGUAAAUGAGAUAAAAAAUGAAAUUAUUCUUAAAAUCUUCUCUACUACGCUCUAUAUUAAAUUAUUUUUUUUUUUAGCAAGUUUUAGUUAUUUCCAACUUUUUUUUUAUUUUUGCGCUUUAGAAAUCUCUAUAAGGAUUCCAUAAUGCAGCAAAAAAGAAAAAAGAUAAUAGUAUUGUAAAAAGGGCGUUAUCGUUAAAUAGAUAUUUUUCAAAUAUGUACAGUGUACACGUUUGUUUCGUGCAUUACGUACGCAUGAUAUGUAGCCAUUAGAAGCACGCACGUACUCGUAGGUGCUUACCGAAAAAAGCAGAAUUUAUCGUGUGGUUACGGUACCCCUUGCUAUUAACCGGAAUGAAAAGCAGGUGACAGAGGAAUGGCCGGUGCAUGAGUCACUAUCAUGAUUUUCGUGAUCGUUGUGAUAUGCAUAACAACGAGGGCGGAGUUAUAUUCGUAUGCAGGUUCGUUUAUUUCGUUCAAAUUAACAGAGAUCGUUUACAUAAGAGCAUUCCCGCGUUUGCUUACUUUUGACAAAAUCGAUAUGAUUAUGAAAUUCGAUUUCAAUCGUUAUAACCCGAAUUAAAUUGAAUUUUUUCAAUCUUUAUCCUCAGACUCUCUAACUUCAGAUUCCAUAGAAAUAUGGCAAAUGUACUACACAUGCAAUCUCCGAUUCGUCAUGUAGAAGCAAAAUCAGCAGUAAAAAGAGCCAGAAGAUUUGUCGAUUCGUUGCCAAAAGUUCACUUGUCGCGUGGCAAGUGCAACGAACGCGAGAGAAAAAAGGAAAUGUGAUAUUUGCAGCCAAGAGUUCGAUAAGUGUCGAACAACAGCAAAUAUCGUUCAACGAGGACAAAACAAAAGCGUCGGGCUGGAUUUGACAGAUGUCAAAAUUUCUAGUCUUUUCACACGACAUCUUUAACGCGGUAACACUCGUGCGGCAAAAAUUAGCAAUAAACGAAGACCAUCGAUCAUCGAGCCCAGAGAAAUUAUUCACGACAUCCUAUCGAGAGACAAUGUGAGAACACGCGCGCGUACCAAUGCCAGAGAUGGAAACGCAACGAGAAUGGACGAACUUGCAAUUACUCCAGAGCCCAUUAGGAAGCGUGCCAGAAUUGGUAACAAGUGCGAUGCGCAGACUGUGGUUCCGACAUCGUUUUCGAUCGCAAGAAUCUCAUCCUUACCGGUCGAAAUCAUCUUGCAAAUAUUCUCCUAUCUCUCCUGCAAGGAGCUUUACGCCGUUAGUCAAGUGUCCGUGCUCUUCAACCGGCUCGCUUACGACCCGUUUCUAUGGCGAACUUACGAGGUGACAAGCAACGAACAAGACACGGCCGAGGUGAUCAAGGAGCUGAAGAGGAUGCCGCUGCUGAAGAAGUUCAGCAUAAGCGUGAGACCAGAUUGCGACGAGAUCCUGCGGCAACUCUCGCUGACGAACAAAAACUUGGAGGAACUGCACAUUUCUAAUUGCACAGGUUCCACGUCGAAAUUGUACCUACGCUCGGGAUACCUGAUCCGCAUACUGGAGAGGUGCCGUAAUUUGCACACGAUCAAUAUACUAGGCAGCAGAUUCCGCGGCCAGAAGUUCUAUCAACUGUUGGGCGACAUGGGGCCGCAGCUGAGGUCUGUCUACGCGCCAGCCACGAAAUCCCAAUUCUACACGUUCAUCAAGUUCGCGAAACAGAUCAGCGAGACCGAUCGCUUGACAAUCGCCUCCAUGUUCUACAUCAACACGAAAAGUUGGGCGCCCUUGUACUACUUUGUCACGAAAGGAGCGGAUCGGGUUUGCACGGCUCUGAUCAGCUAUCUUCACAACGACAUCCUGCUGAGCGACGCGAAUCGAUCGAUUCAUAAACUCUCUAUCACCGAGCGUAGAAACACCUGACUAACAAGAAUAGUUUUAGAUCGAAUCUAUCGUUCUGUGCCACGAAUCGUACGUUCGAGCAACGAUACACAAUGGAACGAUAAAGAUACGAUAAAGUGAGAGAACACGUACACGUGAUUUUGCGAUAUUCGGCAGCGAAUAUAAUAAGCGUCAUGUCGUUGUAUCGUACAAAUACAUGUGUACAUAAAUGUGUACCCUUGUGUUCUGUUUUUAUACAUUUUCUUUCACUUUAAUCGUUCUUACGAUCUAGAGCUGCAGAGUAAUCACGAGGCGAUCUAUGUGGGUCGAUCCGUACGCGAAUGCUAGCCGACACGAGUGCAAGCUUCCGUGAGCUUUAAACGGGAAAUCAAAUGGAAAGCCUGGGGCGGUAAUACGAGGCUAAUGAGUUCUGAAUGACGGGCUAGACGUUUUGUCAAUAAUAACACGACCCGCUUGAUUCCAACCGAUUUACAACGAAAGCAAAGUAAAAAUUCAGGUGAACGCGUCACGCGAGAAAAAAAAAGAGAACUCCCUCGACGAUGCUUCUCUCGGGGAAAGAACAACUCGUCGCUAAUAAAUCUCGACAGAUCGAAUGACUGCCUGGCUGAAUGAACGACUCCCAAGCGAAGGAAAAAAUAUUCCGUUCUCGUUCAGGCGUGUUUCUAUAGUUGCGAGUCUAUUCAAUUAAGUGGAUUGUUAACGGCGCGAGAAGCUCGAUUAAUGGGCGUCGUUAAUCUCAAUUUUCGACGGCUAAUUAAAAUCAAACUUUGGCGAAAUUCGCGAGACACGCGAUCGACCACGGCCAUCUCGUCGAUCGAUUUUCAUUACGCAAACGGGAUAACAAGUUCCGCUAAAAUGUUGGCGAUCUUGGUUCGUCGACCCGGACGCUUCCUGUUCUAUAAUCAUUUGCAUAGAGCCAGCUAGCAUGUCCGCUAAUAGUCACGGUUUAUCGGACGAGUGUUCGCGCGUUCGACAAUAAUAUUUUACAGGUAAUUUGCGGAUGUUCCGGCACGUUUUCACGACGCGAGCUAGGAAACACGCGGCUCCUGCGGGUAGCAAUUUCUUAACAAUAACGACCGUGAACGUAGACUUCCGUUUAUUAACAGCAACCAGCCGAGCUAUUUUUGUAAACUCAACUUACGCCGACGAACGAUUAAAUGUCCCAUUAUUAUACGAUUUUUUUGUUUCCUCGAGCGAGAGAAUGAUUCGCGAAACAAGAAUUCUUUUGAAUAUUUUUGUUUCCAUAUCCUGUAUCUGGGUCGAAGUUAAUUUUCUGCUUUCUUUCUUAAUUUAAUUUCCAUUGAACUACGGUCGUCUUGCUCUGUAAUUUGCUAAGUAACGAUAUUAGUGAAUUGGUAAACGACAAACUAUGUAUAUAGGUUACGCCGCACUUCUGUUGCUCGAUUCUACGUCCAAUUUAAUAAGAACGCUUAGCUAUAUCUCUGUCUCAGUAAAAGUAAACGUUAAUAUUCUAUUAGCAAAAAUAACUCGCUUAUUAUUAGUAAUUGCAAGGUAUCAAAAAAUCUGAUACUACUCUUAUUCGUGGUUCUAAUGUAAAAUUUCCUCUUGAAUGGGCAAACGGUCCGGAGGGAAGCGAGAGGGCCGAGUGCCUUGUCGAAAGAGAGAAAAAAAGAAACAGCUCGUAGCGUAAAAUUAUUUUUGUACGAUCGUGCGCAAUAAAUCGGUCUCAUUGUGAAACGCGGUAUAUUCCGAGGAAAAGCACGUAACAACUGACCAGCUAAAUGAACUGCGGUUGAGUCUUAAUCCGCCUUGCACUUGCCGUUAACGCUUGCCUCGCAUUCAGAAACGAGAACAAAGAAAAGGCAGACGUAUCGAUUGGGCUUGUUUUCGAUUUCCGGCGUGCACACGGGAACGCGAAUGGCACGCGUAUUGUUCGCAUACAGAGGAUCGCGGAUCAGGAAGUGGUUUCGUUCGUUAAAACGCAUACGACUUUCCUUGACUUUUCUCCGGCUAUUCACGCAACCGUGCACGCAUCGAAAUCGUUAACGAGCCGCGAACAGUUAUGAACAGCCGAUGUUUACGUAAGUCGGAGCACGCGGAAUCCUCCGUUUCGUUUCGCAGCAAAAAGAAGAUCCAGCCGGCGAAACGAACGUGAAAAUUCGAAUUAUCACGAAACACGCUAACAGUCAAUUAGAAAUUCUAAUCCGCCGCUCUUAUAUUUAUUAAAUGAUAAAAUAAGCCACGAAAGUUUGCAAUAGAUAAUACGACGUACGCGUGUGUGAUGCGGCUAUUGUACGCGCGUGUACGUAUCUUUGCUCGUACGGUAGUUGAUACGAGACUGCCAGAAUGCGAUAUUACCGUGUAUCAUAUCAAUGGUCAUCGAUAACAGAUCUCAAUAUCGUUUCGAAUGAUCGUGAUACGAUUAAUUACUCCUCUUUUUUCGUACAAAGAUACUAAUUCUCGUUUGCCCAUACGACGAUUAAAGUGUGCUAGUAUUAUAAGUUAAAUUAUGUCACAAUAAAGACGUGCCUUCGAAGA